UAAUAAAUAAAUGAAAACCACAGAAUGUUUGCAGACUUGUGGCGUCCUCCAGUGCAGCAGGUGUCGCUGUGCAGCAUCAGAACCACUGACAGCAGCAGAAGAACAAGACUUUGCAUGAUGGGGACACGCUUGAAGGUGCUGCGGGUCUUCAAAGAUCUGCAUAAGACAAGAAGAGAUGUUUUUAGAGAUGAUGACAGAGCUCUGACAGCUGCCAGGUUAAAAAUAAAUGAAGAAUUCAAGAAAAACAAGAAUGAAACAUCAGAGGAAAAUAUUAAAGAGAUGCUCAAAAUGGCCCGAGCAGUUGAGACCAUCCUUCGUGAAAAUGUGGUACAGGGAGAGCAUGUGGAGGAAAAUAAAAUCUUGUUACGGCCUCGCAAGAGUCUCCUGCUAGACAAUGUACCUUACUCUGAUACACCCAGAAACAAGACAUGACCCUGAUUUGCUGUCACUGAUACGGCUCAUUUUCCUCCAGCGUUUUUCAUAUGUCACAAAGACCAGGACACAGUAAUGCAGAUCACCCAAUGAUCAUCCAUUUUUCAUUUGCACUGUGGCCAUAAUAAUAAAACUAUAAUAACUUGUACAGUAUGUUGGUUCAGCACUGAUGUGUUUGUGUUCAAUGCAAUGAAUUAUUACUUUGUAAAUAGUGUUUGUUUGGCUAAGUGUUGAAUAAAUUGUAAAAACAA